AGUUCCAGCUGACCCAGAAGGGGAGGGAAUGCGUUUCAAGUCCUUCCUGCCUUGAAAUAAAAGACUUGCUGCAGAAUCUAGAAGAUAGCCCAGCAAAAGUGCAAGUGGUGUCUGAAAAGCCAUCCAGGCUCCCGAAAGAAGCGGCAGGUAUGAAGGCUGAUGGGACUGGGCUGUAUUGUAACACGGGAGAGCCCAGGGCCCAAGCGAGGACAGGUGCGUGCUCAGGUGGAGUUGCAGUUUCAGGAAAUGACAGCUUAGGCUCUCAAGAACCUCUCUGUCCUGACUCGUCAGAAGAAGAAGAACUCUCACCCUGUGCCAGGCAGGCUGCGGAAGAGAAGUGUCGGAAUCCAGGCCAAGAAAUAAAUGCCGUUUUUAACAGUCGUCCAUCAGUUCAGCAAAGAACAUUUGGCACACCCAGUAAACACCGCCUUGGUCUGCCUUUGGAUGUUUGCCCACCAGGCACGAGGCUUGAAACCACAGGUCAGACCUUGCAAGGCAGCACACCUUGGGGGGAGCGCAUGGAUGACUCUGAGGCGGCCUAUGAAGUGCAAGUGGGGAGCUUAAAGAGCAAUCCGGGCAGUGGAAGAAUGGAAGAUCUGGGAGCAGCCUCUGAGCUGCAGACAGCUGAGGCUCCAUUGCAGGCAGGGAGCCCUCGGGGAGAGCUGUCCAACAACGAGCACAAGGGGGACAACAGUGUGGAUUUUCCUUCUAGCCCUGUGCAUAAAGGAAUAGUUGAAAUCCAGAAAGGGCCUGCUGUGCACAGCUGCUGCAAAGGGGGUGGAGAACAUUUUCCUUUGGAACACUGCAGAUUUCCAAGUCCAGCUGGACAGCUAACCGUGCCAAGAGACCGGCAUUCUGAAAUUGGCUGCUCCCCCCUUUGUGAUGUUGCCCAGGCAGCCUUUGAGGAUGAGCUGAGAAUGAGCUCUUUAGAGCCCAGCGGCAUCCAAGAUUCUCUCUGCCAUGAAAAAUGUAUCACUUUGGGGAAAGGAAAUGGAGCUCUUUUGCUGAAAAGAAAGAACUUUGGGUUCUUCCAGAACAGUUGCCGUCUAAAGUCUGUUUCUGCGUUUCCCAGCUGCUUGGCUCCUCAGCUGGACUUGGGGCGAAAUGGCUUGCCCCUCCGAGUGGAGCCUAAGGACAAUCUGAGGACAGCCCUCCUGCUCUGUGACUUUGCUCUGCCUUGGUGUGCCAGCAGUUCUUUCUGCCUCACGGAGGUCAGCCUGCUUGCUGAUGGAAAAAGCCUUAAAGUCGCUCAACCCCCUGGCCCACCUCCAUUUGCCCAGAAGGCUGGCCCAAGUGUAGGUCCCGGAGGGCCCCUGGGCAGCCUGUCUCCAGAGGAAGUCAUUGUGAUGGGAAAGGCCAGGGCCUGUCCUCAUCACAAGAAAGCAUCUGCUCCAGGUCAAGCGAGUGGCAGACUCCAGGCGGCAAUGAAGGAAGGGGCCUGGGAGAUGGUCAGAUGGGUGCUGAGAGGGGCAGGGAAUGGGGAGGUUGCCAUGGAGCCCUUCUGGAGAAAAGCCCUCCGCUUGAGUGACCAGACCGUGAAUGAUCUUUCUUCUGCUCCAGAGGAGAUCUACGCCCUGGCAAGAAAUCUCUUCUUCGAUUGCAAGAAUCUACAAAAAGGCAGUAGAGAGGCAGCCCUCAAAAUCUCUUUCAGCUUGGGAAUAAGCCCGGCCCUUUUGGAGUCCAGCAUGAAAUACUUUUCCCUACAGAAAUUUUUCAGUUGCUCUCCCUGCAGUAAUAACUGGGUGGGCUUGGAGAGGGCGGGAAGCCCCUUGGACUCAGCUCAUCCUCUGGAGGUUCCUUGCUCUAAUCUGUCAAAGGCAGAAGCUGAAAACUGGUGUGUUAAUGGAGGAGAUGUUUUCGAUGGUUCAGAAAGUAUUCUGGAGAGGAAGAGUCAUAUUUUCCUUCCCCGUGAAAGAGAAGUCCACAAAGCUUUACUUAGCGCUGGGGCUGGUGGAAUGAAAACAAUAGAAAAGGCAACAGGACAUAACAAUACUAGGCUGUUUCUUAAGCUUGCAUUUGAUGGAGACUUGAGCAGAACUUUCCUUCUUUGUAGAGCCACUUUUAGAAAAGGUCAGUGCCUAGAAGAACAAGAACAAUAUCGGAUUCACCCCUCUUCCCCAGCAUGGAAUCUCUCUUAUUUAAAUAAAAAAGACUCUUUAUGUACUAAACAUUCAGUUCGGCAGAGGGAACCCAUUUAUCAGAUGAAAAUAUUUCUUUAUCCGUGUUAUUUCCUUGAUAGUUGCACCUUAUUUGAACAGAAAAACGAUUCACCAAAGACAGAGUUUCUAGGAUGCCAGCAGCCUUCCUUAAUUUUCUACAAUAAACUAAAUCAUCAUGAUUUGCAAACUGUGAUUAGUUCGGCUAUAAAAUAUGUCCAGUGUAGUAAAAAUGAAUCAUUGCAUUCAAAGAUGGAGCUGAAGGUAACUCCACCAGCCGCUGCACUUUUAACAGAAUAUCAUCAAGGUCCAUUUCCAGAAAUCAUCAUUGAAUCAUCCAAUAAUAAUAAGGGGUCUGAAUUUACUGGCAACCUGCUGAAUGAAGAUUUUUUAAAAUCACAAAGUCCCAGGACACUAUGUGGAUGCCCGGAGUCUACUUCUGAAUCACUGAACCGGAAUGAUUUUGCGAAGAAUCGGGCUCCUCAGUCAAAGACCAAUGAUCUCCAUUCUGCCUCUGAAUCAGUCCACAAAAGUCCAUCGGAGAAGUUCAAUUUUAAAUAUGGAUUAUUGUCUGCCAGUAAAUUGGCUUCAUCUCCUUUUCAAACAGCUUUUGCCAAAAUUAAAGGCCAGGAAAGAAUGAAAGGACUACUUUUAAAAUCGUACAGAAAAAGGAAAACAUCUAGUUUGAUAUCUGCAGGCUUAGGCUCCCAGAAUAAAAAAAUGUGCUUCUUUCCAAAAGAGGAGGCAGCGUUAACCUUCCCUUCUUUGAAAACUCACGGCUCUCCCCUUGCUCUGCUUGAAAGAGGAGCUGAUGGCUGCAGCCGGCCCUUUGGUUUGGAAAGCGAAAGAGUGAGCAGCUCCCUUAGACGAGAUGUGGCUGCAGCCUUCCCUCUAACUAGCAGGAGGACAUGCCAGCCCUUCAAGGGUCCCAGAGCAGAAGCGAUUGUAUCCCUGUAUCCUUUAGAGCAGUCCUGGGAGGCAAAAGAGGAUUUGGGAGCUGACCCAAGUGAGGCCGGCCAGACAGCUGAGAUGGUGGAAGGAUUUCCAGUUCACCUUCUUUCUGACACUGAACAGUCUUCAGAAACCCUCCUGGAAAAUUCAGUGCUUCCUUUCAGGGAUGGGAAGGCCACAUUUUCAGUCAAGGCUGCGAUACCCCCAGGACUCCCCCUUGGCUCACCUGAAGACAUUUCAGAAUCUGAUUCCAUAAAAGCCAAAGAUUCCCCAGAGACGUUGGUUACCUGGUGGCAUGUAGAGAGCCCGAAUUGUGCGCUGCAGGCUAAACUUUUCUCUGUCUCAAGGAAAUCGGCAGAAACCCUCGGCAGCUCAGUGUCCUCACCUUCUGGCCCCAAAGACGGGAGGUUAGCAAGCUUCCCCACAUGGCCCAGUGUUAAAGGAGGACUUUUGCUGAGAGUAGAGAGCGGCCAGGAGCUGGCAGGAGGCCCAGAGAAAGGACUGGACGAGCGUAUCGGGAGGGGAGAUUCUGAAGCAGGGGCUCAGUUGCCUCCCCCAAAAGCAAAGUCCCAAGUGGGAAGAAGGCUUGCCAUUGGACAGCUUCCAGGCAACGUCUCUGAUGAGAAGGCUUCUCUAGGACAAAAGAGGCGGCAGCAGGAGCCCCCUUUCCACAUGCGAAGCGAAUCAAAAAGGCAAAAAAGGGGCCAGAGGUGUGGAGAGACAGCAAGCCUGAAUCUUCACUUCCGAAAUCAUAGGUGGCAGGCCAACCGCUGGCCUAACUCCAUGGGAGCUUUCGGCAGCUUCGCUCGAGCUGUUGGCUGCGAUCAGAGCAGAGGCACCGUCAUCUUUGGGUCUUUGUGCCUGCAAAGACCUUUUCCAGCAUUGGGGAAAGUGUCCAGAACAGCCUACAUAAAAGCUGGCAUGCCACGCCGGCUAAGGGCACCGAAACCUCUGGCAUCCAAGGCCCCCCCUGAGACAGUCCCUGGGGAAAAGGGGGAGCUUGUUUAUUCUGCACAAUCGGCAGCCCCAGAAGCCAUUCUUUGGGACCCCCCAGCAAAGCAGCAAGGCCACCGGAGCAGCUCGCUGGCCACCUCCUGGCUCACCGGGCAGCCCAAAGAUGCCGCCUUGUUGACGAGGCUCUCCUGGUUAGCUGAGAAAUUGCUGCCCCCUCCAUGCCUGCCCUUCCCACCUCGCAGGGUGCUGCUUCCUUCAGCUGCCAAGGGGGGCCCGCUUAGGAGGAGGAGGAGGCUGCUGGAAAUCUUCUCCGUCAGUUUAAAGUUGAGCUCUCCUCCGAGGCUCAGCAGCUGCUGCUUCAAGAUGGGGGGCUCCCAGCCUCUGCCCAUUUAUUCCGUCGAGUCGACCAUCCUCUGCUUCUUUGAGCUGAGCAACGACAGUCCUUGCGGGUGCAGCACUCCGGUUUUCCCGGUGUCUUUCUAUCACCAAGUGGGUGUUGGCCCCACUGUGAAGCUCCCCAAGACUGGGUCCCCGAGCCUCAUCUCCAGAUUGGCCCUGGAGAGUCCACAGCCUCAGCAGCCCUCUACGUGGAGCCCCUCUUUCCUUCUGCCUCAGAGCUGCUCAGAUAUCACGCCAAUCCAGACAGACGCUGAGCCCAGUUCCAUGUCGGUCCCCAAGGAGGGAGAGGCCGUUGCUUGCAGUCCAGACUGCCCGACCCCCGGUCUCCCUACAGCCUUAGCCUUGUUCUCCCCCGGCUGCUUUCGUGCUUGGACAAGGAGGAGGAGACGCCCCAGCAGUCGAAGUCCAGCAUUCCAGUGGCUGAGCCUGCUGCAAUUUGCUCGAGGCUUCAAGGGGUUCCAGUGUUGCACUUCUGUGUCAGCUGACCUCUUCUCUUCCUGGCCCUCUUUGCUGGGCAGCGCUCUGUCCAUCUGGCGCCAGCAUGGACUGUCCACCCAUCUCUCCGAAUCCACUCCUCUGCAUUCCAGUCCCAGGAAGGGACAAGCAGCCAUCCCUGCAACAGCCGGCCUGAGCCACCGAACCAGCAGCCUAAGCUUGCCUCCCCUGGUGCCCAGCCUGCCAAGUGACACUUCCAGGGCUGUGAAGAAGGACGUGAGGUUGGAAUCCAUCUUGUCUGUGGUGUUGCCAACAUCUUGCCAAGCUCCGGAACCGGCUCACCCUCCUUUAGGCUUUCCAGCUCUUGGCUCUGGAGAUGGACACGAAGCUUCUGCCCCGGCAUCGCCUAAGACUGGAGCUCAGCUGCAAAACGACGAGUCGGAGAAGAGGCCAAAGAAAGUGUCUCAGAUCCGCAUUCGGAAAACGAUUCCUAAGCCAGACCCCAACCUCACCCCCAUGGGGCUUCCCAGACCAAAGAGGUUAAAGAAGACCGAAUUCAGCUUGGAGGAAAUCUAUACCAAUCAGAAUUACAAAUCUCCCCCGGCAACCAGGUGCCUGGAAACCAUUUUUGAAGAGCCAAAAGAGAAAAAUGGGUCUUUAAUCUCUAUCAGCCAGCAGAAGAGAAAACGGAUUUUGGAGUUCCAGGACUUCACCAUUCCCCGGAAGAGGAGAGCUCGUAGCAGAGUCCGAGUGAUGGGCGGCUACACUCGGGCGCAGAAGGCCGCCAUAGAAGGAAGGGAACUGGACGUCCUCCUCAUUCAGAAACUGACCGAUCUUGAGACCUUCUUUGCCAAGGAGGAGACACAGGAAGAAGCUUCAUCGUGUACUUGAGUUUGGGUUGAUCUGCCAGAAGAGCUGGUGGCGCUUCAAUGAUUGGGUGUGCCUGGAGGGGGAACCUUGUUUUCCCAAGGUUGGACUAACCUACCUGACUGAACCAUAGAGUGAUAUUUUCCUACAUGUUGGAGGAGAAUAAUUAAUUUCUGUUAACCUUAUGAAAGAGCCCUGUCUUUAGCCUCCAUUGUCACAAGGAAUUUGCAUCUGUGGGGUUGGUUUUUUUAAAAAAUAAAAAAGGCUAAACAAAGGCUACAGCACCUUCAGAGACAUUAGGAUUGUAAAGACUUCCCGAAGUUAGCUGUGGGUUUGACUCUGCUGUUCUUCUUCUUCUUCAACCCGAGUAAUGUGGCAGCCAGGACGAAAGAGUUUUAAGGUGUUUGUUAUUCUUUUGUUUGUUUCUAGCCAAUCUUAGUUUGCAUUGUUGGGCCGCAGGGCCCACUGUGUCCAUCAACAGGCAUGUUUUGCUCAAAGAAGAGAAGCUGUGUGCGGCAUCCAAAUUGUAUUCUGUGGCAGACAUACCUAGAUGUGGCACUUGCUUUGUUUUGCUGCGUGGGGACCCAGCGCAGAGGUUCACCUCCAGGUCCUGCAUUAGGAGACGCAGGAUCCCAAGGAAGUGGUUUUACUCUCUUCCGCCUUCAUCGCAGCCUGUUCUGCAGGCUUCCUCUCUCUUAUUCCUUGGAAUUGGGGCCAGCAAAUUUGUCGUAGGAAAUUUUAAUUCUGAUGUGAUGCCAGAAUGCCAAUGAGACUUCAACGGUCCUCCAUUUUGUGUGUGUGUUCCUUCUACCACCUCAACUGUCGCUCAGCACCUCUUGUUGAUUCCCGUUUCCGGAUUGUGACUUGUUUGGAUCCCAAGUGGAGUGAAUUGUACAAAUGCAACAGAAGAAAGUGGUUGGGAGCAUGAGUAGCAGCGUGUUACUGGAUCCUGAUGGAAGUAGCAGCUGUACGAAGCCACAGAGAGGAAAUGACAGAUUUUUCCUUAGGGGUGUUAGGGAGAUUGAAACAUUUAUCUUAAAUGAAAAUUUUACAUGAUGAUCAACAGCUGUUGGCUGUCUAUAGUGCCUGUAAUUUGGGCCAGGUUUAAUGGCUGAAUCGUUCAAAGGGUUUGCCUUUUGUUUUCUCUCUCAUAUCUGAAAUUUGCACUUUUGCUACCUCAUGUGGACGCUUCAUGUCACCUGUGGCGUGGACUCUGGGGGCAAAUGAGGGUAUGCCAGACCGGGAUGGAAAUGGAAGACUCUUCCUUGAGCUUGCAUUCCAUACCUGAACAGGCAAGACGAUGAAAUUGGCCUUGUAGAUGACAGAGGGCCUUGAAAUUGGAGAAGUAGAGGAACCCUGCCACAUGUGUGCCUGGAAGUAGAAAUGUAGCAUUUCUGCUCCACAUAGUUUUCCCAUUGGGGAAAAGAGAAUGGGAACACUUUUUAAUAGCCGAGAGCCAGAUCUGGGUUCCCGUGUGACUGGGACAUUAUGUGUUUGCUGCUGUUGCUGCAUGCAAAUUGGUGACACCGGAGAUUCUCCCUUCGUACUUUGGAUCAUUGUAGAAGAUCCCAGAUUGUCUGUAAUCUCCACGUUUUGGGUGGGCUGAGUUGAAUCAUUUAUUAGAAGUAUCCUUUUGUCCCAUAGUGGGAUUUUAUGACAUGACACGCCAGUAUAGAUGCCGGAGGGGUGGCUCUGAGGUGGAACUGCUGCUGCUCUGACUGCAGGUGGGCAGGCGACUACUUGGCCUUCCUCUUCUUCUGGCAACCUUAAUAUGGCGGUUGGCGUGCUUCAUCUCUUUUCUCAGUGCUUUAUGUCUGAAAUCACAUUGAUGUGAAGGCAAGGAUUCUCAGCAUGGUUUUGCUGCAGCUGUCCAGAAGAACAGGGCGUUCCAACCAUACUGACUUUAAGCUUCUGGACUUCAAUUCCUAGCAUAGCUGGCUGAGGAAUUAUAGGAGUUGAAGUCCACAAGUCUUAAAGUCGUCAUGGCUGAAGAGCCCUGCAGAAGAAAAUAUGGCCACUGAAGUGACGGUGGGCUCUGUGGUCCACCAAGAAAGCUCCACUGUGGAGGGGGCCAGAGUGGGGAUGGGGGCUGCUGCUGAAUGGCCCUUGGAUCAGGCCUGCAAAAGGCAGCUUGCCUUCAAGCAGCAUUCUCCCCAGGCAAGGACCCAAUUCUCACCUGAUUUUCAGUACAAUCAUGAAAAAGAUUCUACUAAGAGCACUUGAAAGAAAUCUCUUCUCAGGAAAAUGUGGAGGCAACCAAGGAUGUGAUUAGGUUUUGGGGUGGGUAGACUAAUAUUUCCUAAUAUCUAAUUGGGAGGGGACUGUGCCUAUCUGGGAGAAACAGGGAUGGGGGUUCACUCUUCAAUGCAGGUGUCAUCAUGGGGCCAAGAGCAGCUCUGAGCUCCAACAAAUGGUUUUUGAGCCUGGUCAGACACCCCCAUCACUGGGAGCAGCUUGAAAGGAAGACUGCUUGGUUGGCCUUUCGUAAUCCAAACCAAAUGGGAAUUUGCACACCUGUACUGGUGGCUCUUCUGUGCCAUUAUCACAUGUUUUUUGUUUAUUUCUGUAUUUUUUUUUGUUUCAAAUUCACUUUUUCUAGUGUUUAAAUUAUGGAAAUAAAAAACGUAAACAAAAGCACUGGUGGUUUUUUUAAAGCUACCUCCAUUUAAACAUUUGUGCAGAGAUGGACAAAUUAAUACUGAAAUUAAAAGAUAAAGAAGAGUUGG